AUGGUGGAAGAAGGAAGGAAGGACCAGGACAACACCGGAGGAAGGACCAGGACAACACCGGAGGAAGGACCAGGACAACACCGGAGGAAGGACCAGGACAACACCGGAGGAAGGACAAGGACAACACCGGAGGAAGGACCAGGACAACACCGGAGGAAGGACCAGGACAACACCGGAGGAAGGACAAGGACAACACCGGAGGAAGGACCAGGACAACACCGGAGGAAGGACCAGGACAACACCGGAGGAAGGACCAGGACAACACCGGAGGAAGGACCAGGACAACACCGGAGGAAGGACCAGGACAACACCGGAGGAAGGCAAUCAGGCGCUGACAGUUUGCUGGGUAAGCUCAAAGCAGGAUCACAGCAGGGAGAGAAACUGCUGCCACGCCGAAAACAUCAAUAUCUGAGAGAGAGGCUUCUGAAGGACCAGUGUGAGCCAGCAGAGGCCAAACUGGACCAGUGUGAGCCAGCAGAGGCCAAACUGGACCAGUGUGAGCCAGCAGAGGCCAAACUGGACCUGUGUGAGCCAGCAGAGGCCAAACUGGACCAGUGUGAGCCAGCAGAGGAUAAACUGGACCAGUGUGAGCCAGCAGAGGAUAAACUGGACCAGUGUGAGCCAGCAGAGGAUAAACUGGACCAGUGUGAGCCAGCAGAGGCCAAACUGGACCAGUGUGAGCCAACAGAGGCAAAACUGGACUAA